AUGUCUGAAAUUGCGCUUGUGCUCAUGACUGAGAAGGCUAUGGCAGCUGCGGAGACUUCAAGCACCCUAGGAUAUUUUUCCAGACUCCAAAUUCCCCUUCCAGCAGUAAGAACUUUUUCCAUGUCACACUCAUCGUAUAAAGUGUGUUAUCCUGUGUGGAAUCUGCACCAACUCAAUCAUGUUGCCAUAGCUGUGUCAGAUUUGGAAAAGGCUUCAACAUUUUAUAAGAAUAUUCUUGGGGCCCAGGUAUGUGAAGUGGUCCCUAUUCAUGAACAUGGAGUAUCUGUUGUUUCUGUCAACUUGGGGAAUACCGAUAUGGAAUUACUUCAUCCCUUGGGCAGUAGCAGCCCAAUUGUGGGUUUUCUACAGAAGAACAAGGCUGGAGGAAUACAUAACGUCUGCAUUGAGGUGCAUAACAAAGUUGCAGCUGUGACGGAUUUGAAAAGCAAGAAGAUACAUAGUUUAACUGAAGAGGUCAAAAUAGUAGCGUAUGGGAAACUAGUGAUUUUUCUCCAUUCCAAGGACUGUGGUGGAGUCUUUGUGGAACUGGAACAAGCUUGA